AUGAAGAAUCUUUCUAUGAUCCAGUACCUUACUGAGAUCAAGAAACAAGUCGAUCAGAUCGCUUCAGCCGGCUCAACCAUAGACUCCGAGGACAUCAUCCUCUACAUCAUGAACGGUUUACCUCCGACGUAUCAAUCCUUCAAGACUUACAUUCGCAACUCGCCGCAUCCGAUUCGACUUGAAAAUUUGUACGCCAUGCUCAUUAGCGAGGAAAUACAUAUUAACGCAGACGCUGCACGCAUUCCUACUGAUACAAUCCAACAAACGGCAUUCUACACUCAACGUGGUCGGGGUCGCCGAUCAAGAGGUCGUUCUCAACCAUCCUCAAAUCCCACGAGUAAAAUCAAUCCUCAGCAACAACAACUACCUACAUGCCAUAUCUGCACCAAGAAGGGCCAUACGGCAGAUGUAUGUUGGCAUCGCAUGAACGCCUCUUACACUCUGCAACAGACCAAUUCUAAGCAGAACAGCGCUCUCCUGGCAUGUUCUGAAACUCAGUCCUAUGACUGGUAUCUUGACUCUGGGGCAUCCUAG